UCCUUGCUCGCAAUGAUCCGUUCUCGAAAGAGGAAAACAGAUCAUUCCUCUGCACAGUUGCGGCAGGGUGUUGAAGCCGGCCGGUCCAGAAGACUAAACAUCGAAAGGAUCACCAAGGGCGAUUCGAGCCAUCAGAUAGUCCUAGGCCUCGGCAGGGCCUCAUUCACAAAGUCGGAUUCGCCAGGGAAGGUCGGGCAAUGGUUCGGUUUCCAGACUGUAUCUGACCAGGUAUACAGCCCCAAAGGCCGGAGAUGGUACGCACGCAAGUCCCUGCCGGGGACGUCAAAGACAGACCUCAAGCAAGAUAUGCUGCAGCAAGACCACAUUAGCUUCAUCAACGAGAUCGAGCACCUACGGUUGUUGCGCCACAGGCACAUUGCCAGACUUGCUGGAAGCUACACCGACGUGGAGGGGAUCGCCUACCUCAUGGAACCCGUCUCCGACACCACCCUCGACAUGUUUCUCGAGGGGCAACUCGACCAUGACGCCCGCAUCCUGCUUCGGCAGUCGUUUGGAUGCCUUGCUGCUGCUCUUGGUCACAUACACGGCCACUCCCUCCACAUCGAGCAGCUUUCCAGCGGCAACAUCUCUGUGCAUCGCGGCAAGCUCUUCAUCGGAGGCUUUGGCGCGCUGGUGCAGAACCCCAAAGAGAGCGCGUACGCUGCUCCUGAGACAAGGGGAGUGUGUGACGUGGAUGGGUCUUCAAGGGACGUGUGGGCGCUCGGUGUGAUCUAUCUGGAGAUCCUGAUGCGGCUCCAUGGAAUGCGGCCCAGCGAGUUCCGCUAUUGGGUCCACAUAUACAGCCAAGAGGCAUAUGGCACGGACAAAGAAGACAGUCUCGUCGACUGUGUAGAUAAGUUCAUGACAUUUGUGGAAGGCCAAGGCAGGCCUCGAUAUCAAGGGGCAACAGCGUGGACGUCGGCUCUUCUGCGAGAGGAGCCAAACAAGCGGCCGGACUGCCAGGCACUGCUGCAAAACAUCCUGGAUUCACGGUAUUCGACGGAGUUCUGCUGUCCGGAAUGUCGUCGAGCUUCCGUGAGCAAUACGCUACGCCAAAACAACAACAGUCUUGCCCUUGUCAAGGUUGGCCAUGAGACUCUAAGAGGGCUUUUUGCAUGCAUCCCAUACAUUGGUGCUAAGCUGCCGCACAAAAAAUGUCACUCAAACAACAGCACCGCGAGCGCCAGGAAAGUUCGCAUGGUCCCAGUGAGCGAGGUCAAAGGCCCAAAUCAUGACAACGCUAGACCUGGUCUCAUCAGAGAAAUCACCGAGGAGGAACUGCCCUUGACAAGAGCCACAUCAUCUAUGAUGCUUGGGUUUGUACGAGAUUCAGAGGAAUGGUCGCCCAUCAAGACAAGUUUCGAGGCUCCGGCUGAGAGCCGCCCACUGUUCGCAUCAGCCUAUGAUCUUGAUGACCGGGCGUCGGCCUGUCUGCAGCAUGGCAAGCCUGAUAAAAGCAGCGAACUGUCGCCAAUACCUUCUCGCUUCAGCACGCCGCCUCAGCCACAUAGAAUACCCAGAGAGACUUCUCCAGCGCCGCCUAAACACGAUCCACCCCCAAGAGAAUCAGACGAGGUCGUCGCUCAGAAUCUCAGCCGCGGGUGCAUCCACGGAGAAGCAAGUACUGUCCAAAUCCACUUGGAAGAGGUACUUGAGCGUCGGCUCGACUCUAGUUGUGACGAGGCUUGGUUCAAGGCGGUUCGCGGCAACACCAAGGGACAUGGCGACUGUGUACGCAUUUUCCUCGAAAUUGCAGGCAGCGACCUUGUCCACAGAGUAGAGCCCGCUUGGGGUCAGAGAACCGCGCUGCUUGUCGCGGCGGACAACCCGAAUCUCGCAGGAGCAAAUCUAGAAGAGCUCGUGGCUCUUCUGCUAGAGCACGGGGCAGAUCCCAACGUGGUCGACUCGCGGGGAGAUCAUGCCCUUGCGAAGCUCAUACGGCGCGGUGGCGAUACUUCGCGGACCAUAGAAGUCAUUGCCAGGUCGCAAGGUGCCGACCUCAACAAGCCUGCAAGUGGGAGUCUGGACAGCCCUCUCCAUCUCGCAGUGGAGCAGGCAAAUGUAGCUGUCGUAUCGCUUCUGCUGCACCUCGGGGCAAACGUCGACCCCGUCAACGCAAAUGGGUUGACGCCACUGGAGGCUGUCGUGCUUCAGGUGUACAAAGCUCCAGGUUUGCGGGCCAGUCAGGAACAGGCAGAGAUUUUGCAGACGCUGUGGGAUUUUGGGGCCAGGAGUGACAGAGUGAGGAGAUUCUAUCUCGCCCAAGAGGAGGGCAUUGCUUAG